AUGGGCCUCCCGUCAAUUCUUAGGCCUCGAAAGAGGAACACAACCACGCCCACCAGCGAGAAACAUGCAUCCACUGGGCCUUCAACGCCGACAUCCAGGCCAGAUUAUCAGACUGGAAGUGAUACCAUUCCACAAGACACACUUCGACGGGUGACCAAAACCCGCCGCAUUUUUGCUUUGACAGCCUCUAUCUCAUAUCUCAUCUCAUGGGUGUUUUUGGUGCUGGUCUUGAUCGGCAACACAUAUCCCAAAGCCGUGCUGUCCGACAUCUACUUCUUCAGGCUAGACCUCUCAGACAUCAUCCCCCUGAGCGUUCCCAAUGCCAGACUGAUCAACUCCAUCGCCCAAUCCAUUGGUCUGCACGACUUCUACCAAGUUGGGCUAUGGAACUUCUGUGAAGGCUUCAUCAAUGAAGGCAUCACUUACUGUUCCAAACCCGAAACCCUCUACUGGUUCAACCCCGUCGAGAUCCUCAUGUCCGAACUGUUGGCAGGAGCCACGAUUGCCCUCCCCACCGAAAUCAUUACCAUUCUCUCCAUCCUGCAAAUCACCAGUCAGAUCAUGUUCGGCUUCUUCCUCACCUCUGCCAUCCUGACAUUUCUUUACAUCUUCCUCUCGCCGAUCGCCACAAAAUCCAAGUGGUACAGCUUACCACUGUCCAUCGGCGCGUUUAUCAACAUGAUGCUGGUAGUGGCGGCAAGCAUAGUAGGCACAGUCAUCAGCCUGGUGUUUAAGUACGCGGCUGAAGCGCAGAAGGAGCUCAACAUCAAGUCCUAUGUGGGCACAAAGAUGUUUGUGUUCAUGUGGUUGGCCGCUGGGUUCGGUAUCAUUGGGUUUGCGGUGCACAGUGGUAUGGGUUGCUGCUGUGUGAGCAGGAGGGAUGUCACUACUGGGAGGAGGACGCUGAUGCCUGAUGGGCAGGGGGUGCAGAGGAAGUCUGUGGUGGUGAGGUGAAUGACUUAAAGCGAGCGAGUACCAGCGGGUAAUUUAGAGCGGAGAUGAUACCACAUUGCAUAGUUAGAUUUUUUCAUCGGCAUUUAAAUAGGAAGGAGUUUCGGGGGUAUAUAAGAUAUUAUAGGCGCCUACUUCUGGCAUACACUACCACCAAUCACAGCAAUCCAUUUCUUCAUUAUUUUACCUGAUUUAUAUAAUAUAUCUUGAUCAUUCACUCAGUAUUAUUAGUACCCUCGUAAUAUUUACCGCCAG